CCAGCGCGCAUGCGUCUCGACUCUCGAUGCUACUGGGGGCGGGGCCCAGAGGGGGAGGGAGUGGUGGGGGGGAGGGAAGAGGCUGCAGAAGCCGAAGCCCUGACCCACCGGCAGGCUGGGGCUGCGGCGGCGCGGACUGUCCCCCAAUAUCCAUCAACUCCUCCGCGAGGCAUUCGGCGGCCGCGUGAAGCACAAGAUGGGCACUGGGCGGGUGUCAACUACGAGUAAGCACCUCUGAUUGCACUCAGCAGCUCGCCGCUCCCACCACCACUUUUGCACAGGGGACCGGAGAAGCCCGUGUCGGGGCGACACGGGGACACCGAGCCCCCGCCAGCGCUGUUCACCCUUUGCCCGCAGAGCCGGCGCCCCCCAUGCGCCAAGAAGCCGAUCGGUGGCGUCUGGGGGCGCCAUGGCCUCGGCGACCGCGGCGGCGGCGCCGGGCGAAGCGGAGGAAACCACCCGGCUCCGCAAACCGCGGUUCUCUUUCGAGGAGAACCAGAUCCUGAUCCGGGAGGUGCGCGCCCACUACCCUCAGCUCUACGGUGCGCAGAGCCGUCGGGUGAGCGUAGCCGAGCGGCGGCGAGUGUGGGACAGCAUCGCCAGCAAGAUCAACAGCAUCACCAGCUGGAAGCGCACGGGCCAGGAGGUUCAGAAGCGUUGGAACGAUUUCAAGCGCCGCACCAAGGAGAAGCUCGCCCGAGUGCCGCACUCGACGCAGGGCGCGGGGCCCGCCGCCGAGGACUCCUUCUCCGCGGAGGAGGAGACUAUUUUCGCCAUCCUGGGGCCGGGUGUGGCGGGGUCCGGAGCUGGGGCUGAGGAGACCCCUACAGCCGCCUCUUCACAGCCACAAGCUCCGACCGCUGGUACGCAACGCUAUGUUUUGUCCGAGGAUCGCAGGCAGGAUCGACGGGCAGAUACCGCAGCCCAGAGCAAAGGGGGCUCCAGCAGCCCAGAGUCCUCGGCCCGGCCCUCUUGCAAUGUCCCUGAAGCCAAGGAGGGUGAGUCCCCUUCCCCUGCAGCCAUGCAGCCUGUCCAGCUGCCCCGCCUGGCCUUGUCUCCACCUCUCCCUGCCCCUCCACCGCCACCCACGCCGCUGGCCCAAGUGGCACCUUCAUCCCCUAGCCCACCACCUUCUCGGCCCACCUCAGCCCCAGAACAGUCCCUGGACUUUCUGCGGGCUCAGCAGGAGACUGCCAAUGCCAUCAGGGAGCUGGCUGGCACCCUUCGGCAGGGACUGGCCAAACUGAGCGAGGCCCUCAGCGCCCUGUUACCCCUUCUGCCGGGAACCCCAGCUGACCCGCUCCCUCCGCUCCCACCUCCACCUCCGCCCCCACCUCCCAAGCCAGUUCUGCCACCACCUGCCCCCAAGGUGGAGGUCUCCUCAGAGCCUGUGUCCGUGGUAGCUGCUGUCGUGGAUGGGGCUGUAGUAGCAGCUAGGGGAGUGAUUGUCUCCCCUAGAAGCGAGGAAGGGGUGCCCAAACCACCCCCAGCUCCACCAGUACCCCUCCACGACUCACCACCACACAAAAGGAAGAAAGGCUUCCCUACACGGAAGAGGCGGAGUCGCUGGAAGUCUCCGUGA